AUGGACGGCAGCGUUCUCAUCAUCGGCGCUGGCAUAUUUGGCGUCAGUACGGCAUAUCAUCUAUCUAAAUCGCAUCCAGACCCGUCGAGAAUCACAAUAAUUGAUGUCGCCCCGUACCCUCCAGCAAGAGCGGCCUCAACAGACACCAGCAAGAUAGUUGCAGUAGAUUACGCCCAUCCGUUCUAUAUGGAAUUGGCGUACGAAGCAAGGGACGCCUGGGAGAGUUGGCCCAUGUUUAAAGAGACAGGUCUCUACAAUCGCUCUGGCUGGUUAGUGUUUGACCAAAAGUACAAGGACAUGUCAACCCGUAUUCGGGACUCUCUCCGUGCUAGUAGCAGGGAGGAUAUCACGGUGGAUUUCUCAUGGGAAGAUAUAGAAAAUAAGUGGCCCGCUGAGCUGAGUGUGGUUAAAGGCCAGGGUCUCGAGCCCGCGUACUCCAGCCCUGCUCCUGCCUGGGUGGAUGCAUCGAGACCAUUGAAACUCAUGCUCGAUGAAGCCGUCAAGUUGGGAGUCAAGUACGAGAUGGGAGAUGUUCGUCGACUUGUUCCGGGGAAAGAUGGAAUUGAAUGCCUUUUUACGAAGAACGGGAGAGUUUAUAGGGCCAAGAGAAUAUUGCUAGCCACUGGGGCCUGGACGAGCCAGUUGAUGUCGCCGCUUGAGGAUGAAUUGGGUUUUUCCGAGGCAGAGAGGGUUGAGUCACAAAUAAAAGCAGAGGGUAUCCCGAUUGCCUAUUUUAAACUAUCAGAGGAUGAGGUGAAGAAGUAUAACCGGCUCCCUAUUGUCGUGUAUGGCACUGAAGGUCAAUUGCUUCCGCCCACGAAGUCGAGAACAGUGAAGUUUGACACUUCUGCUUUCUCGAAUGCCGUGGUCACAGAGACAGGGCAUACGAUCUCUGCUCCCCAUAGCCAGGAUCUGUCCUUUGUUCCUAAAGAUGUCAAAGAAAAAGCCCUGAAGCAGAUCAGAAUGAAAUUGCCUCAGAUGCUUGAAAAUGGGAGACAAGCUACCUGGAAGGUGUGCUGGGAUUCUGUGCGGCCUGACAAGGACCAAUUGAUUGCACGACACCCUCACCCUAAGCUACCGAACCUCUAUCUAGCUGUUGGGGGCUCAUUUCACAGCUGGAAAUUCCUCCCCAUCAUUGGGAAGUACGUUGUCAACAUGUUGGAUGGGGUUAGCAACGGGGAAGAGCGGGACCAACGCUGGGGAUGGAGAACGUAUGCUUAA